AUGGGUGGAAGUUCCCUCCAAUUUCUCCUCACUUUUAUUCUCCUUCUGUUGUGCAUGAAACCUACCACUGGAAAUAAUUUGGGGUUAGCAGAUACUCACCUUGGCUGCAAAGAGUAUGAGAGACAAGCUCUUCUCAAGAUUAAGGAAGACCUUAUUGAUAACUAUGGCCAUCUUUCUUCUUGGAGCUCUGAUCAAGAUUGUUGCACGUGGAGUGGGGUCAGGUGUAGCAACCAAACAGGCCACGUCAUCAUGCUCAAUCUCAAUGCCUCGUCCUUUCCCACAAGGCCUUUGCAAGGUAAACUUAAUCCUUCCUUGAUUGAGUUGAAAUAUUUGACUUAUUUGGACGUGAGCUAUAAUGAUUUUAAUUACAGCCAAAUCCCAGAAUUCAUUGCCUCUCUCUCCAACUUAAGACACCUUGACCUUUAUAAUGCUAAUUUUGGAAGAAAUAUACCUUUUCAGCUUGGGAACCUUUCAAACUUGCAGUACCUUGAUCUUAGCUGGAAUCAUUUUAAUAAACCUGAAAACUUAAAUUGGCUCUCUCAACUUUCUUCUUUAAAAUACCUUGGUAUGAGUACCGUUAACCUGAGCAAAGUUAAUAACUGGCUCCAUGUUGUGAAUAAACUGCCAUACUUGAAAUCCUUGUUCUUGGACUCUUGUAAUCUUCCGAAUAUUUUCUCUGUUCCCCUUGUCAAUUCUUCUACUUCUCUUGAUGUCCUCAAUCUCUCUUAUAAUAAUCUCACUUCUUCUUCUUCAGUACUAGAGUGGUUGUUCAACUCCAACAUUAGUGUUGUUGAAUUUAAUCUCAAUAAUAAUCAAUUUCAAGGUUUAAUUCCAGAUGCUUUUAGAAGAAUAAACUCUCUUGCACACCUCUAUCUUGAUCAUAAUGAGUUUGAAGGCGAGAUACCAAAAGCCUUUGGUGGUAUGUGUAAUUGGAAAACGUUGUCUCUAUCAGGGAACUAUCUCAAUGGACAGCUUCUUGAUUUUAUUCUUAAUUUGACCGACUGUGCAAACCACUCAUUAGAGGUUUUGUAUUUAGAUCGAAAUCAAAUCAUGGGAUCGUUACCUGAUCUCACAACGUUUCCAUCAUUGAGAGCAUUAUCACUUUCUCGAAAUCAUUUGAGUGGGACAAUACCUGUAAGUUUAGGAAAACUAUCCAACCUAGAGUCUCUGAAUCUUGAAGAUAAUCCACUAGAAGGUGUUAUUUCUGAAGCCCACUUCUCAAACCUCACAAAAUUGAACAGUUUGGUCUUAUCUAAUACCAAAUUGGUUUUCAACUUCAGCUCUAAUUGGACUCCUCCUUUCCAAUUAGAAAGUAUAAGGAUGGGAUCUUGCCAACUAGGCCCUCGAUUCCCAAAAUGGCUUCAAACUCAGAAAAAUUUAUCUUCUCUUGAUAUUUCUAAUUCUAAAAUUUUGGAUACUCUUUCCAAUUCAAACUGGAUCUUUUCAAGUCAAUUUGUGUUUAUGAAUCUAUCUCACAACCAAAUCAGUGGUCAGGUUCCAAAUUUGUCAACGGAGUUCUCCUUUUUCCCUAUUAUAGACUUGAGUUCCAAUAAACUAGAAGGCGAAAUACCAAGAUUUUUAUUUAAAGCAACACAUUUGGAUCUUUCGAAGAAUAUGUUUUCAAAGUUGCCUGUACAGUCACUAUGUACAGUCACUAAUGGAAACUUUAACUUUCUAGAUCUUUCCAAUAACCAAUUAUCAGGAGAGCUCCCUGACUGUUGGAUACAUUUUGAAGGAUUGAAAGUUCUUGAUUUGGCAAACAAUCAAUUUCAUGGGAAAAUCCCAAACUCGGUGGGCUCUUUACUUGGGAUUGAAACAUUGGAUUUAAGCAACAAUAAUUUCAGUGGGGAACUUCCUCUGUCAUUGAAGAAUUGCACAAAGUUGAGAUUUAUUAGUCUUCAAGAUAAUAACUUGUCGGAAGAGAUACCGAUGUGGUUAGGGAGCAACUAUCCAAAUUUAAUUUUCCUUUCACUUCGAUCUAACCAUUUCUUUGGAAGCAUUCAUUCACAUAUAUGCCAUCUAACACAUCUUCAAGUUUUAGACCUUGCCUUAAACCAAAUCUCAGGAAGUAUACCAAAAUGCCUCAAAAAUGUUAUUGCUUUGACUCAUAAAUGGAAUCCAAAUUCAACCAUCACCCACUCAUUUAAGAAUCUUGUCUCCUCAUAUGAUUUUAUCUAUAGUAGCUAUGAUGAUCAUGCAAUUUGGAUCUGGAAAGGAAGAGGGUAUGAGUACAAAAGUAUUCUUGGACUAGUAAAAAGCAUUGAUCUUUCGAGCAAUAAAUUGACCGGGGAAAUUCCUAAAGAAAUGAUGGAACUUGAUGGAUUGAUUUCUAUCAAUCUUUCAAGAAAUCUUUUAACUGGAAGAAUCCCUUCAGAGAUUGGUUUGUUAGAGUCAUUAAAUUCCCUAGAUCUAUCGAAGAACCAGUUGUGUGGUGGAAUUCCUUCAAGCAUUUCUCGAAUUAAUUCUCUAAGUUUCUUGAACUUGUCGAACAAUAACCUGUCAGGCGAAAUUCCAACUGGCCCUCAGCUCAAUACCUUCAAUGCCACUUCAUAUGAAUUGAACCCAAAUCUUUGUGGAUUUCCACUUCCAAACAAAUGUUUAGGAGAAGAAAUGACUCAAAACUCAGUUGAGAAUAGAGGUAGUGAAUAUACUGGCAUUCAAGAGAAGGAAGAUGGGUUUAUAACAAUGGGGUUUUAUGUUAGUGUGGGCCUCGGAGUUGUUGUUGGUUUUUGGGGAGUUUUUGGCACAAUACUACUAAACAGGUCAUGGCGAUUCUCCUAUUUCAAGUUCUUAAACAUUGUCAAAGAUAAGAUGUAUGUGACAGGAGCAGUGAAUAUGGUUAAAUUACAGAGGCAGCUUCAAACAUAA